GUAUAAUCAGAGUGUGAGAAGAGGGGACUGCCUCUAAAAUGAGUCUUACUGGGGAGAGGGAGUUUGAGGGCUCUGCCCCUAAAAUCUAUAUUUUUGGUGAACAUGACACCACAGCUAAAAGGGUAAAACGGCAGAAGAGACCAGCCUCCCCUGUGCCCAGUUGUGUGUCCAUGAAGAGUGACUGGUCUAUGGGUCAACCUUUGAACUUCAAAACAGGAGAUUCAGGAGACCAACAGGAGAGAUCAGAGUCUGAGAUUCUCAUUGGUGAAUCUGUCCAGAGUCAAACAGACCUGUCUUCUAUAUUCAGUUUACUUGAACAGAAUAUCAUGAUAUUUGUGAAGAAAGAGUUAAAGAGGUUUAAGACAAUGCUGAGUUCAGAUCUCACAGAAGGAUUUAAGAGUCAGAGGGAGGAUGAGGAAGGUGUGGACCCUGAAGAUGAGAAGCAGGAGAGCAGUGCCAAAGAGGGGGCUCUGAAGAUCACACUGCAUGUCCUGAGGAACAUGAACCAGAAGGAUCUUGCUGACACACUGGAGAAAAAUGAGCUUGCUGUGAUUUACCAACAUGAUCUCAAAUCUAACCUGAAGAAGAAGUGUCAGUGCUUAUUUGAGGGUAUCGCUAAACAAGGGAACCCAACACUUCUCAAUAAGAUCUACACAGAGCUCUACAUCACAGAGGGUGGAAGUGGAGGAGUCAAUAAUGAACAUGAGGUGAGACAGAUUGAGACAACAACCAGGAAACAAGCAAGACCAGAGACAGCAAUCAAAUGUAAUGACAUCUUCAAACCCAUACCUGGACAAGACAAACCUAUCAGAACUGUGCUGACAAAGGGUGUUGCUGGAAUUGGAAAAACUGUCUCUGUGCAAAAGUUCAUUCUGGACUGGGCUGAAGGAAAAGCCAAUCAGGAUGUCCAAUUUGUAUUUUCGCUGCCUUUUAGGGAGUUGAAUUUAAUGAAAGGGGAUCAUCUCAGUUUGAUCCAACUCAUCAAUCAUUUCUCAGUUGAAACCAAAAAAGCAAGAAUCACUAACUACAACAAAUACAAAGUUCUGUUCAUUUUUGAUGGUCUGGAUGAGUGCCGACUGCCCCUUGACUUCAAGAACAACAAGAGCUGUUGUGAUGUGACAGAGUCAACCUCAGUGGAUGUGCUGAUGACAAACCUCAUCAAGGGAAAUCUGCUUCCCUCUGCUCUCCUCUGGAUAACUACCAGACCUGCAGCAGCCAAUCAGAUCCUUUCAGAGUGUGUUGACCAGGUGACAGAGGUGAGAGGGUUCAAUGACCCACAGAAAGAGGAGUACUUCAGGAAGAGAUUCAGUGAUGAGGACCUGGCCAGCAGAAUCAUCUCACACAUAAAGACAUCAAGGAGCCUCCACAUCAUGUGUCACAUACCAGUCUUCUGUUGGAUCGUUGCUACAAUCCUUGAGUACAUGUUGACUACAGAUGAUAAAGUAGAGCUGCCCAAGACCCUAACAGACAUGUACUCACACUUCCUUGUGUUUCAGUCCACACACAGGAAUGUAAAGUAUGAUGGGAAAAAAGAGACCGAUCCACACUGGAAUAAAGAGAACAUUCUGACACUGGGAAAACUGGCUUUUAACCAGCUACAGAAAGGCAAUCUGAUAUUCUAUGAAGACGACCUGAAAGAGUGUGGCAUUGAUAUUAGUGAAGCAUUAGUGUACUCAGGAGUCUGUACACAGAUCUUUAAAGAGGAAUGUGGGCUGAACCAGGACAAGGUGUUCUGCUUUGUCCAUCUGAGUAUUCAGGAGUUUCUAGCUGCUGUCUAUGUGUUUCUAACAUUCAAAAACAGCAAUAAGAAUCUAUUGGAUGAACAACAAUCAACUUUCAUAACACGUCUCCUCUGGACAAUACCUGAAAUAGAUUUUCACAGGACUGCUGUGGAUAAAUCCUUCCAGAGUAAGACUGGACACCUGGACCUUUUCCUUCGCUUCCUUCUGGGUCUCUCACUGGAGUCAAAUCAGAACCAUUUACGAGGUCUACUGACAAAGACCAGAAGCAGUUCAAAGAGCCAUAAAGAAACAGUCAAGUACAUCAAGGAGAAGAUCAGGGAGAAUCCCUCUUCAGAGAAGUGCAUCAAUCUGUUCCACUGUCUGAAUGAACUGAAUGACCAUUCUCUAGUGGAGGAGAUCCAAAGAUACCUGAGUUCAGGAAGUCUCUCCAGAGAAGAACUGUCACCUGCACAGUGGUCAGCUCUGGUCUUUGUGUUACUGACUUCAGAAGAGGAGAUUGAUGUGUUUGACCUGAAGAAAUACUUCACAUCAGAGAAAGGUCUUCUGGGGUUGUUGCCAGUGAUCCAAACCUGCAGAACUGCUCUAUUGUCAGGUUGUGGAAUCACUGAGAAAGGCUGUGCUUCUCUGGUCUCAGCUCUGAAGUCAAACCCCUCACACCUGAAAGAACUGGAUCUGAGUAACAAUCAGCCAGAGGAUUCAGGAGUGAUUGUGAUCUCUGCUUUGAUGGAGGAUCCACAAUGUAGACUGGAGACUCUGAGACUGUCAGGUUGUGGAAUCACAAAGAAAGGCUGUGCUUCUCUGGUCUCAGCUCUGAAGUCAAACCCCUCACACCUGAAAGAACUGGAUCUGAGUAACAAUCAGCCAGAGGAUUUAGGAGUGAAGAAACUCUCUGCUUUGAUGGAGGAUCCACAAUGUAGACUGGAGACUCUGAGACUGUCAGGUUGUGGAAUCACAAAGGAAGGCUGUGCUUCUCUGGUCUCAGCUCUGAAGUCAAACCCCUCACACCUGAAAGAACUGGAUCUGAGUAACAAUCAGCCAGAGGAUUUAGGAGUGAAGAAACUCUCUGCUUUGAUGGAGGAUCCACAAUGUAGACUGGAGACUCUGAGACUGUCAGGUUGUGGAAUCACAAAGAAAGGCUGUGCUUCUCUGGUCUCAGCUCUGAAGUCAAACCCCUCACACCUGAAAGAACUGGAUCUGAGUAACAAUCAGCCAGAGGAUUCAGGAGUGAAGAAACUCUCUGCUUUGAUGGAGGAUCCACAAUGUAGACUGGAGACUCUGAGACUGUCAGGUUGUAGAAUCACUGAGAAAGGCUGUGCUUCACUGGUCUCAGCUCUGAAGUCAAACCCCUCACACCUGAAAGAACUGGAUCUGAGCUACAAUCAGCCAGAGGAUUCAGGAGUGAAGAAACUCUCUGCUUUGAUGGAGGAUCCACAAUGUAGACUGGAGACUCUGAGACUGUCAGGUUGUGGAAUCACUGAGGAAGGCUGUGCUUCUCUGGUCUCAGCUCUGAAGUCAAACCCCUCACACCUGAAAGAACUGGAUCUGAGUAACAAUCAGCCAGAGGAUUCAGGAGUGAAGAAACUCUCUGCUUUGAUGGAGGAUCCACAAUGUAGACUGGAGACUCUGAGGCUGUCAGGCUGUCUGGUCACAGAGCAAGGCUGUUCUUCUCUGGUCUCAGCUCUGAUGUCAAACCCCUCACACCUGAAAGAACUGGAUCUGAGCUACAAUCAUCCAGGAGACUUGGGAGUCAGACUGCUCUCUGCUGGACUGGAGGAUCCACACUGGAGACUGGAGAAACUCAAUAUGGAUCAUGGUGGAGAGUGGAGGUUGAAAUCAGGACUAAAGAAAUAUAUCUGUGAUCUCACACUGGACCCAAACACAGUACACAGAAACCUCUCUCUGUCUGAGGAGAACAGAAAGAUGCUGUAAAUACUUUACUAAACACAGACCACCAAAGCCAUUGGAUUGAUGUGACAGUUGACCGUCCAACAACAGAAACUUAGUGAACCUCCUCCUGUUAACUGAUCUACUAACCAUGAAGAAAGAGAACCAUGUAGCACACCAGGUGAACAGAACCUGAUAGAAACAUGGAUAGAAAACACACACACAUCUUCUCCUGUGUUUCAGGGUGUCUCUGUCCCCUCUGAUCCAGUGUCUCCUCUCU